AUGGUAAAGCUCGACAAUACUGUGGUCUGUAGUCAGCCGAAAAAAGUCGAACAACGUCGUCGUCAAUCGAUAUUUAUCGACUAUCUACUGGCAACUUCUACCCAUGGGCUUCGUAGUGUGGGUCGUGCACAUUCCAAUUUCAAUCUUGUAUUUUGGAUAAUCGUAUUUACGGCAGCUUUUGGUCUUAUGCUCUAUUUUGUCAUAGCGGCUAUUCUUCAAUAUUUUGCCUAUCCAACACAAACAAAUGUUGAAAUUCGUCUUGAUCGAAGCAUGUCAUUCCCUGCUGUGACCAUCUGUAAUGCCAAUCCAUUUCGAUACGAUCGGAUGAAUGCAUCACUGGCCUCUUACUUUUAUCGACUGUAUCCAUUAAAUGCAACAUAUAAUCAGAGUGUCCUCAACUCUCUUGAACUUUCUCUGAUUGUCGAUUUGAUCAAUCGAAAUAAAACAGAAGAAUUAUGGUGGGUUGGAUUUCAACUGAGUGAUCUGUUGCUUCAGUGUACCUACAAUGGAAUCGAUUGUUUGAAUACAUUCACGCCAUCUAUGUCAACAGUAUUUGGUAAUUGCUUUACAUUCAAUUGGCAAACAUCAACGAAAAUAUUUACGCUUAACGAUUUCGGUAACACUUCCGUGAUGAAAGAAGGUUUGUCGAUGCUAUUUUACAUACCACGAGAAAUGUAUUUUCCGGUGCAAAAUGGAGAUGUCGGGCUCACGAUUUUGUUGCAUGAUAAUAAGGAGCUUCCACUUCCUAACGAAAAUGGUCUAAAUCUUCAGCCUAGCUUAUCGCAUUUGAUAACCUAUCGUAAGACUGAAACGACCUUCCUUUCAUCGCCCUAUACUGAAUGUAUGUCUGAUGUAAGUCUUGAUAUGCGUGCUCUCUACGAGGCAACUUUUUUCAACGAUUCAUCAUCGACUGUUAUUGUCUAUUCGGAAUCGGUAUGUCUUGAAUUGUGUGAACAGGCGUAUAUCUUUUCACAAUGCUCGUGCAUCUUUCCAAUACCAUUUUUGACACGAAGCGUACUCACAUUCGAUGGUCGUCUCGUGCCUGCAAAUUUCUGCAAUCCAUCUAACCAGGAAGCAACAUGUUCAUUUGUAUCAAGAAGAGAUUUCUAUGCCAGUGAACAAAUACAAACAAGGUGGUGUUCAAAAUGUAAUGCCCAAUGUCAGCAUACCGAUUUCAUAGCCCAUCUCAGUGCACAAGCAGCUCCGUCUGACGGAGAAAUUACUUAUUGGAAGACAACUUUACUCGAUGGAAAUAAUACAAGUAAUGUCUUGUUGCCAAAUGAUUUUGCACAACGUUUCAAUUACUACUUCAAUCGAAAUUACUUGAAAGUUCGCAUAGCAUGCGGCAGCCAAUAUGUCACUAAAUACCAACAAGAAGCGAAGUUGACUAUAAUCGACACAUUUUCUGCUGUCGGUGGCCAAACAGGCUUGUAA